AUGAAGGACCUUGAUCAUCAAGCAAGGAGGAGACCUGAGAAGAACCCUCUAGACCUCAACUUCUUGCCCGAUGAGUACACUAGGGAUGGUAAACAGGUCUCUGAGGAAGGCUCCUCCUCCGGCUAUAGGACAAAGAAAAACCGCGCUAAGGACGGGAAAGAUGAUGAGUGCGGGAAGGUUUACGAAUGUAGGUUUUGUUCGCUUAAGUUCUGCAAAUCUCAAGCUCUUGGGGGACACAUGAACCGCCACCGCCAAGAAAGAGAGACAGAGACACUGAACCGGGCUCGGCAGCUGGUCUUCGGUAACGACAACUUGACCACCACCGGGCAUCUAGGGUAUGCUCCUUCAAGCUACCAUCCCAGUGAUCCGACACAGUCGUUUAUAUCGGUUUGUCCACCGACAUUGUUUUCUGGCUCUUCGCCGCGGUUGGUUCCACCGGCGUUACAGCCGCCGCAACCGUAUGUACACCUGACUCACGAUAUGAACGACUACUAUUUAGGUCAAGUCGUCAGAACAAACGGUUCAUUGUCACAUUCACAAUAUCAUCAGCAAAGCCUAAACUAUCUGGGCGCAUCCGACUCUAACUAUACUUGCGUUGGAACCCCGGCUGGAAACAGGUUCGGUCAUGGUCUGAUUCGGAGAUCAGAUUUGGUCGGACCAAGACCAGUAGGUGGUGCCGGUUUUAGAGACGUGACACAGCAACAUUUGGAUUAUCCUACUACGAACCCGUUUGAAGACGGGUUCUAA